UCCCGAAGGCUGGAAGGACGAGAAGCUCGUCGACCGGACGCACAUCGACCUUCUGAUCUCCGCAGCCGACCGAGCCAAGAAUGCGUGCCGGAGACGUCUCCCACCCGGGCAAACGGGCGGGGUCUUCCAACUCGUGCUCGAACUUCCGGAUGGCGUCUCCGGAUUGGGCGACACAAAGAGCUGUCCCGAACUGGUGAGACUGGUGUGCGGGGAAGACCGGGACGCGACGCACGCUCAGACCCUCGUCGCCGAGCUCCUGCACCGAGCCCAAAAAAACAAGGUGGCAGAUGUGAGCGAGCUGCUGGCCGAUCACAAAGACGAGAAAGCCGUGCUCGACGCCAUGAUUCACUACGCAAACGCGACAUCGACGCCCGCACGCGUGGUGACGACCACCGUGAGAGGGAGAUCGGGGGCCGAAGCGUUGCAGAGAAUCCUCGCAACGAUCGACCUCACCGCAAGAAACAUCGAAAGCGCUUCAUCGACGUUGUUCGCACACGAGACGCAGCCCGACUCUGCCCGACCGGAACCGAAAAUCGUAGAACUCAGUCGAGUCUCUCGAGCCAUCCGUGCCGACGCGAUUGGUCUGAGUGAGAAGGUGCACGAUGCACUACGCAUCCCUAGAAUCCCGCCGAAGCCGGUCGAAACCCUCGUGGCGCAGCUCCUGCGAGAAAGAAAGACCCUGCCCGACUGUCAGAAGGAAAGAGAGGAGUUGCGAGUAAGAAUCGAGGUCGCCGAAGAUGAUUCGAAAAGACGAGAAGCAUCAUUAGCGGAAAAAGAGACUCUACUAAAAAAACAGACGAACUACCUACGGGCUUCAGAGAGUAGGAUCGACGCACUCGAGAGGGAAGUGCGGGCGUGUCGCGAAGACGAUUCGAAAGAGCGGAUUCCAGACCUCACCGCCGAACUCGAAAGAUGCCGCCGAGAUCGAGAAACGGUAAAGGCAUCCGCCCAAAGAAACCUCGAGAGCAUGCGUUCGGAUCUUCGUAACGCACAGGACGGGACGGCAAGAGAGAGACUCGUGCUGUCGCAGAGAGAAAAAGAGAUAGAAACCCUCCUCCGAGACUCGACCUCAGAACGAAAGAUGGCCGAAGCGUCGCAAAACGAACUCCGAGCACGGCUGAAGGCAUGCGAGGAGGACGCCGGUUCUCAGCAUGAUCCAGGGGUCAUCGAAUCCCUGAGACUGGAGCUUCAUAAUCGCGAGACAGAGAUCGAGGACCUGAAGAAAACCCACGAUACUCUCACCGAAACGCUGGCGAAGACGCAGGCAGAAAAAGAGGCUUUCGAACGGAGACAUGCGGAGUCGGCGGCUCAACAGGGGGCUCUGGCCUCCGCACUGCAACGCGUCGAGGCGCUGAGCCGGCGAGAGAGAGAAGGGAGAGAAGAGCUGCUCCGCAAGGUCCUCCAGGCCGUCAAGGGAGGCGCCGAAGCACAACUGGCUAAAAAGCACCUGGACAAGCACAUGAGGACGAAAGCCCGCCAAGGGGCCGUCUACCGAACUCGAGGGGACCUGAACGCCGCGGUCGGGCGCUACGUGCGGGACCAAGGGGGUUCUCACGUCACCGUCUUCGGCCCCGACACCCUCAAAGACGAGCUGCGAGGGCUCCCGGUGUUCCUGGUCUGUCCCAGCAACAACGUCCCUCCUCCGGACUGGAAGGACCGCAAGGUGCUCUUCGUGAGCAAAGAGGGACUCAUAUCUAAUGCACUGAAGGCGCUGAGAGAGGAGCGCGGCCGAACGGAAGUCGACUUCCUCCUGACGGAAGACGAUCUACGAAAGCUACCGGAGGGGGGUCUUCGGACCCUGCGAGACAUCGCCGCGAGAUCUCGGAAAUGA